UAGAGGCCAGCACCAAAAUAAGAGCAUACGUUCUGUUUUAGAUCUAGUCUGAAAUAGCCAAUAAAGAAAGAAGUGCAGCCUGUCAACGACAUGCUUUGAGUGUAUUUCAGGUCCAGUUCACGCCAGAGGAAACGAAUGCAACUGUAAGAGAUGAUCUGACACCGCGCCUCAGUGAAGGCCGAAGCUGUCGUCCCACAGAGGUAAACCCACAGACGCGUCAUGGACUCUCUGCUAGGCUGUCGAAGCAUCAGCAUCACGGGGACACGCUGGAGACAGACGCUUACGUAGCCACUGGUUUAAAGACAGAGACUCCGCCUUUUGAGUCUGGAGUGUGACUGGCAGCCCUGUAGCUGGUCGGUGUUUCUUUGGUAGAGGCUGAGCCACAUUCAGCAGAUCAGAGAUGUACACCAUGCCUCCACCCUCCAUGUUCUGCUUGCUCCUCUUUUGGACCCUCAGCAACAUCGCCGCCCGCGAACGGAUUCCGCGGCACACCAUACCCUACCAAAGUGACCUCAUAAAGCUGUUCAGAGAGGAAGGCAGGGGAAACUACUCCACCAUGCUGCUGCAGGAGGACAGAGAUGUGCUGUUGCUGGGGGGGCGGGAGGCAGUCUACGCCCUGGACAUCAAUGACAUCACCAACAGGAAGGCUGCGGUGACAUGGCAAGCAACAGAGAAGGGAAAGAAGGAAUGUACAAACAAAGGCAAACAUGCUGAAGAAUGCCAGAACUACAUCCGUGUUCUGCAUGAGAUGAGCGACGGCAGGAUCUAUGUGUGUGGCACCAAUGCCUUCGACCCGGCGUGUGGCUACAUAAAGUACACGGAGGGACAGCUGAGCAUGGGGGCCAGGCAUGAGGAUGGAAAGGGGAAGUGUCCCUUUGAUCCACUCCAGAGGUACUCCUCGGUCAUGGUCGGUGGAGACCUGUACUCUGCCACCUCCAACAACUUCCUGGGCUCCGAGCCAGUGAUAGCACGCAGCUCAGCCACUCCAGUACGCAGUGAAUUCAAGACCUCCUGGCUCAACGAGCCCAGCUUUAUCUACAUGGACCAGGUCCCAGAGAGCGAGGGCAGCCCUGAGCAGGAUGACGAUAAGGUUUACCUGUUCUUCAGCGAGACCGCGGUGGAGUACGAUUUCUACAACAAGCUGACGGUUUCACGUGUCGCGCGUGUCUGCAAGGGGGACGUGGGCGGCCAGCGCACCCUGCAGAGGAAGUGGACGUCCUUCCUGAAGGCGCGGCUGGACUGUCCCGUCCCGGAGUCCAGGCUUCCUCACGUGGUCCAGGACGUCUUCCUGCUGCGGGGCAGCGACUGGAGGAAUAGCGUCUUCUACGCCGUCUUCACCUCCCAGCCGGGCUCGGUGGACCUCUCCACAGUGUGUGCGUACAGUGUGACGGACAUCGGGGACGUGUUCUCCAAGGGGAGGUUCAAGACCCCGGUCACAGUGGCGUCCUCUCAUGUUAAGUGGGUCAUGUACAGCGAGGAUCUGCCUGAACCAAGGCCAGGAGCGUGCAUUAACAAGGAGGCGAGGGCCCUGGGCAUAGAGCGCUCUCUGGACCUACCGGACAAGACCCUGCGCUUUGUCCAGGACCAACCGCUCAUGGAUCAGGCGGUCAUGCCCCGGGGCGGAGAGCCGGAGCUGGUGGAGAGGGGGGUCGUGUUCACGCGCAUCGUCGUGGACCGCGUGAAGGCGCUGGAUGGGAGCGUCUAUGAGGCCAUGUUCAUCGGCACAGAUAAAGGCUUUGUGCAGAAGGCUGUGAACUACGACGGAGAGAUGGUUGUCAUCGAGGAGAUGCAGCUGUUCCAGACUCCACAGCCAAUCCAGAUCCUGCGCCUGUCCUCCAAGAGGGGCCUGCUCUAUGCUGGUUCAGACGUUGGCGCUGUUCAGGUGUCUGUGGGGCAGUGUGGCCGUCAUGCCUCAUGUCUGGACUGUGUCCUGGCCAGAGACCCCUACUGCGCCUGGGACCCAUCUGCGUCUCGCUGCAUAAUGCUAUCUCUCCAGGACAAUGCCUCCAAAGGAACGCUGAUUCAGGACGUGAAAAAUGCGAAAGGCUCCACCUGUCCUGAUCCAGGCAAACUGGAUCCGAAGCCAACGAACGUCACGUUGAUCCUGGGCAGCAAUAUCCAGCUGAAGUGCCGGCCGGACUCCAACCUGGCGCAGGUGCAGUGGCGCUUUGCCAGCCGGCCUCUGCCCACAUCGGAGAAGUUCUACCUGUACAGCGAGGGCCUGCUGAUCCAGAACGCCUCGGCGGCCGACGCGGGGCUGUACGCCUGCGUUUCGGAGGAGGAGGUGAAGGGCCGGCGGUACGGCAGGACCGAGGCGCUGUAUGAGCUGGUGCCUGCCCCAGGCCCGGAGUACAUCGCACCCCGCACUGAUAAGCGGGUGCAGGGACAGUCGCUGGUGACCCUGCAGGUGUUGGUGGCCCUGCUGGCCGUACUGCUGGCCGCCCUGCUGGCCUGGAACGUGUGGCGGGGACACAUCCCGCUGCCGUGCUGGGGGGCGGCCCCCGCUGAGACGCCGGCGCCCCAAAGCCCCUCCCCAUCCCCGGCCGUCACCCCAGAAACCAUCAAUCUGAUGCUCCCAGCCAACUGCAACACCAACAAUAACCACCCCAGCAAUGGAGAGGGCAGCCAUAAUCUGGACAACCUGAAGUACAUUGAUGAAGAGUCUGAGAUCUGAGGCUCAGGA